CAUUACCAAAUGAGGAGGAAAGGCCGGUGCCAUCGAGGACCCGCAGCCAGGCCCCCUUCCUCCCCGUGCAGUAUUAAACAUUCCCCGACAAGAGAGACGCUGACCUACGCCCAAGCCCAGAGGAUGGUGGAGAUUGAGAUUGAGGGGCGCCUGCACCGCAUCAGCAUCUUUGACCCCCUGGAGAUCAUCCUGGAAGAUGACCUCACCGCCCAGGAGAUGAGUGAGUGCAACAGCAACAAGGAGAACAGUGAGAGGCCGCCCGUCUGCCUGAGAACCAAGCGCCACAAAAACAACAGGGUGAAAAAGAAAAGCGACAUCCCCGCUGGUGCCCACGGUGCGCCCGCCUCGGCGAGCGCACUCCCCGAGCCCAAGGUGCGUAUUGUCGACUACAGUCCCCCGUCAGCCCCACGGCGGCCACCUGUCUACUACAAGUUCGUCGAGAAGUCGGCCGAGGAGCUGGACAACGAGGUGGAGUAUGACAUGGACGAGGAGGACUAUGCCUGGCUGGACCUCAUUAACGAGAAGCGCAAGGGCGACUGCGUGUCGGUUGUGUCGCAGCACAUGUUUGAGUUCCUCAUGGACCGCUUCGAGAAGGAGUCGUACUGCGAGAACCAGAAGCAGGGUGAGCAGCAGGCCCUCAUCGACGAGGACGCCGUGUGCUGCAUCUGCAUGGACGGUGAGUGCCAGAACAGCAACGUGAUCCUCUUCUGUGACCUGUGCAACCUAGCCGUGCACCAAGAGUGCUACGGCGUGCCCUACAUCCCCGAGGGCCAGUGGCUCUGCCGGCACUGCCUGCAGUCCCGUGCUCGGCCCGUCGACUGCGUGCUGUGCCCCAACAGGGGCGGUGCCUUCAAGAAGACGGAUGACGACCGCUGGGGCCACGUGGUGUGUGCCCUGUGGAUCCCUGAGGUCGGCUUUGCCAACACGGUCUUCAUCGAGCCCAUCGAUGGCGUGCGGAACAUCCCGCCUGCCCGCUGGAAGCUCACCUGCUACCUCUGCAAGCAGAAGGGCGUGGGCGCCUGCAUCCAGUGCCACAAGGCCAACUGCUACACGGCCUUCCACGUGACGUGUGCCCAGAGGGCUGGCCUCUACAUGAAGAUGGAGCCUGUGAAGGAGCUGACUGGUGGUGCCACCACCUUCUCGGUCCGAAAAACUGCAUACUGUGACGCUCACACGCCACCGGGCUGCACCCGGAGGCCGCUGAACAUUUAUGGGGACGUGGAGACGAAAAAUGGCGUCUGCCGAAAAGAGAGCCCGGUCAAGGCAGCCAGGUCCACAUCCAAGGUCCGGAAGAAAGCGAAAAAGGCCCGGAAGACGCCGACGGAGCCCUGCGCGGUCUUGCCCACCGUGUGUGCCCCUUACAUCCCCCCUCAGAGAUUAAAUAAGAUUGCAGAUCAGGUGGCCAUCCAGCGGAAGAAGCAGUUUGUGGAGCGAGCUCACAGCUACUGGCUCCUCAAGAGGCUGUCGAGGAACGGGGCACCCUUGCUGCGGAGACUCCAGUCCAGCCUGCAGUCCCAGCGCAGUUCCCACCAGAGAGAAAACGAUGAAGAGAUGAAGGCCGCCAAGGAGAAGCUCAAGUACUGGCAGCGGCUGCGCCACGACCUGGAGCGCGCACGGCUGCUCAUCGAGCUAAUGCGCAAGCGCGAGAAGCUGAAGCGUGAGCAGGUGAAGGCGGAGCAGAUGGCCACGGAGCUGCGGCUGACCCCGUUUACAGUACUGCUUCGCUCGGUGCUGGAUCAGCUGCAGGAGAAGGACCCUGCGCGGAUAUUCGCACAGCCCGUGAGUUUGAAGGAGGUGCCGGACUACCUGGAGCACAUCUCACACCCCAUGGACUUCGCGACGAUGCGGAAGCGGCUGGAUGCACAGGGCUACACUGCUCUCACUGAGUUUGAGGAGGAUUUCAACCUCAUUGUGGAGAACUGCUUGAAGUACAAUGCCAAGGACACCGUGUUUUACCGUGCGGCAGUCAGGCUGCGUGAUCAGGGAGGUGCCGUCUUGCGGCAGACGCGGCGCCAUGUGGAGAGUGUUGGCUUUGAGGAGGCCACCGGGAUGCACCUGCCCGAGCGGCCCCCAGCGGCGCCCCCGCGGCCCUUCUCCUGGGAGGACGUGGACAGGUUACUGAAUCCGGCCAACCGCGCACACAUGGCCUUGGAGGACCAGCUAAGGGAACUGUUGGACAAACUGGACCAGACCUGCUCGAUGAAGUCCAGCGGGUCGAGAAGUAAACGGGCAAAGUUGCUCAAAAAGGAAAUUGCUCUUGUGCGGAACAAGCUGAGCCAGCAUCCCGGCCAGCCCCCGCGGCCCGCGGAGUCAGGUAUUGGACGCUUCGAAGAGGACGGGGCUCCAUUGGAGCAGGAGGCGGGGGACGCAGUCCUUCCGAGGUUGGAGACUCUUCUGCAGCCAAGGAAAAGGUCGCGGAGCACCUGUGGAGACUCCGAGGCGGAGGAGGAGUCUCCCGGAAAGCGCCUGGACACAGGUCUCACCAACGGCUUUGGGGGUGCGCGGGGUGAGCAGGAGCUAGGUGGCGCCCUGGGGAGGAAGGCUGCGCCCCGGCGUCGCUGCGCCUCUGAGUCCAGCAUCUCUUCCAGCAACAGCCUGCUCUGCGAUACAAGUUUCAGCACGCCCAAGUGUGGCCGGGGCAAGCCAGCCCUGGUGCGCAGGCACACCCUGGAGGACCGCAGCGAGCUCAUCUCCUGCAUCGAGAACGGCAACUACGCCAAGGCGGCGCGCAUCGCCGCGGAAGUCGGCCAGGGCAGCAUAUGGACCUCCACCGACGCCGCGGCCUCGGUGCUGGAGCCCCUGAAGGUGGUGUGGGCCAAGUGCAGCGGCUACCCCUCCUACCCUGCGCUGAUCAUUGACCCCAAGAUGCCCCGUGUGCCUGGCCACCACAAUGGUGUCACCAUCCCGGCCCCGCCGCUGGACGUGCUGAAGAUUGGCGAGCACAUGCAGACCAAGUCGGAGGAGAAGCUCUUUCUGGUGCUGUUCUUUGACAACAAGAGGAGCUGGCAAUGGCUCCCCAAGUCCAAGAUGGUUCCCCUUGGGAUUGACGAGACCAUUGACAAGCUGAAGAUGAUGGAGGGCCGGAACUCCAGCAUCCGGAAGGCUGUGCGGAUCGCCUUUGACCGCGCCAUGAACCACCUGAGCCGCGUCCACGGGGAGCCGGUCAGCGACCUCAGCGACAUAGACUGA